GCGCUGCUGGAGCUGCUGCGGGAGCAGUCGCCCCCCGCGGGCCCCGUGCUGGCCGCCGUCGGCAUGCUGGGCGCCCGGGCCACGCCCGCCGUGCCGGCGCUGGUCUCGCUGCUGGGCGCGGACCGCGACACGGAGACCCGCUGCGCCUCCGCCGCGGCGCUGGGGGAGCUGGGCGGCGCCUUCUCCGCCAGCGCGGUGCCCGCGCUCCUGGACUGCCUGCAGGGCGCGGACGAGGUCGUCGCGAGGGCCGCCGCCAGCGCCCUGGGCGGCCUCGGCUCGCACGCGGCGCCCGCCGCGCAGGCGCUGGUCGCGCGCCCGAGGAAGCACGAGUUCAUCCGCGAGGCCGUGGUGGUGGCGCUGGGGCAGAUCGGGACCGCGUCUGCCCCGGCGGUGCCCGCGCUCACGAUGUGCCUGCACGACAAGAGCAAGGACCCGGGGCGUGCGGAGGGCGGCCGCGGUGGCCCUGAGGGAGGUCGGGCCCGCGGGGACCUUCGCGGUGCCGGCCCUCUGCCACUGCCUGCGGGACGGGGACCCGGAGGUGGCCCGCGCGGCCAAAGCUUCGCUCGACAGGCUGAGCACGUACAACGCUCACGGCGCCACGCAGGCGGAAGCGAUCGCCUCUUUCCAGGUUGACGGACGAAAGCGACUUUAA